AUGGCUACGGAGCAUAUCAAUUUCGGCAGCGAAAGUGCUAAGGUAUCUGCCGUCAUAAUCACACAGAAGGUUCCCGAGAGUCUUCUUGAUGAAGUUCCACUAGACACAGCUACUGGAGCUGCCAUAAGGAAUCUUUGGCAAGAUUCUGGGGGUGCAGGUAGCCGUCUCAUGGAGCCGCAGCCUUCCUUUCCAUGA